AUGCAGCCGCCAAAUGAUGUCAUGCGCGCAAAAGUGCUGCACGAUUUGGGGUCUGUGCUGUGCAGCCUGCAGAGGGGCUAUGAGGCAGAGCAGCUGCACAGAGGAGGCCUGUUGGCGGAGCUUGAAGCACAGGACCCACCGGCAAGCAGCGCAGCGAUUGCGCAGUGCAAGAGGAGCUUAGCGGAGGCCAUCAUGGCAGAGGUGGCGGCCCCUGCGGUGGGAGGACUCUGCUAA